AGUUUCAUUCCUUACUUGUCAUCAAAGCGCACAAACAAAGCAGACCAGAGAGACACAACUUUGUUCAAUUGAACCAGAAGAAGAAGAUCUUCAGAUAAAAGUCAGAGAGAGAGAGAUCGAUCAGAGCUCCUCCCUCCUUGUAGUCUUGUAUGUUGAACGAGCAAGCCAUGAAGAGAAGCAGAGUAGAAGGCGAGAUUGAUAACAUCACCAUGGCGAAUUGUUUGAUGCUGCUAUCCCGCGGAGGGGAGGCCGACUCCAUGGCCCCUCAUCGUGUGUUCGAGUGCAAGACCUGCAACCGGAAAUUCCCGUCGUUCCAAGCGCUGGGAGGGCACCGAGCAAGCCACAAGAAGCCCCGAUUGAUGGGCGCGGAUGACCCGAAUCAUCAGGCGCAGUUGCACAACUUACAGGUGAAGCCCAAGACACACGAGUGCUCCAUAUGCGGUCUGGAGUUCGCCAUCGGUCAGGCCUUGGGUGGACACAUGAGGAGGCACAGGUCCGCGCUGAGCGAAGGCUUACUGUCACCACCUCCACCACCGCCAGCCCCACAAGUGCCAGCUGUUUUAAAGAGAUCCAGCAGUAGCAGGAGGGUUUUGUGUUUGGAUUUGAAUUUGACGCCUUUGGAGAAUGAUUUGGAUUUGCAGCUUGGAAGGAAGAUGCCUCCUGUUGUCGAUUGCUUUAUCUGAUAUACAAACAUUAUCAUACCAUAUGGCUUUCUCUUCCUUCUCCCCUCAUUCCAUGUAUUUAGAUUUUUUGGGGAUCUCUUUUUUUUUCUCUUUUGAAUUUGAUUUAUACAGUUAAUUGCGAGGCAUAGGAGAUUGCUGUUAUUAUAGGUACUUUGUGCGUAUCGGAAUUUUAUUCAUUUAUUUAUUUGUUUA